GAGGGUCAGGAUAUCAUGGCGCGGGCAGCCAAGCUGCUGGCGCUGCUCAUUGCGGCGUUGUGCACGGCGGCGACGAUGGCGAACGCGGCGGUCGUGGAGCACACCUUCAAUGUGGGCGGCAUGAGCAUCUCGCAGCUGUGCAUGAACAGCGUGAUAUACACGGUGAACCAGCAGAUGCCGGGACCGACCAUCGAGGUUAACGAAGGCGACACUCUCGUCGUCCACGUCGUCAACGGGUCGCCGUACCCAGUGUCGGUCCAUUGGCACGGCAUCUUUCAGCUGCGGAGCGGGUGGGCGGACGGCGCCAACAUGAUCACGCAGUGCCCGAUACAGCCUUCCGCCAAGUUCACCUACGCGUUCAACAUCACCGGGCAGGAGGGCACGCUGUGGUGGCACGCGCACGCCUCCAUGCUCCGGGCCACCAUCUACGGCGCGCUCAUCAUCAAGCCCAGGAACGGCCCCAGGGGCUACCCGUUCCCCAAGCCCUACGCCGAGAUCCCCAUCCUGCUAGGCGAGUGGUGGAACAAAAAUGUGGACGACGUGGAGAAGGAUGGGCUCUUGACCGGCCUUGGCCCGGCGAUGUCCGACGCCUUCACCAUCAACGGCUUCACGGGCGAGCAGCCGUCUUGCAGAGGCGCCGGCGCGUACCAAGUGGAGGUGGAGUCCGGCAAGACGUACCUGCUCCGCAUCAUCAACGCCGCGGUCGAUUCCGAGCUGUUCUUCAAGGUGGCCGGCCACGCCUUCACCGUGGUGGCCGCCGACGCCAGCUACACCAACCCUUACCCCACCGACGUGAUCGUCAUCGCGCCGGGCCAGACCGUGGACGCGCUCAUGACCGCCUCCGCCGCGCCGGGGCGCUACCUCAUGGCGGCGCACGCGUUCGAGAGCAAGACCGCGGCCAACCCGCCGCCGUUCGACAACACCACGGCCACGGCCGUCGUCAGGUACAAGGGCGUGCCCGACUACGCCCCCGCCGCCAUGCCGGCGCUGCCGGCGCACACCGACGUCGUCACCGCCGGCAGGUUCUACUGGUCCAUGACGGGACUCGUCCGGCGGGGCGAUCCCGUCGUGCCGAGGAACGUCGACCACAGCAUGGUCGUCGCGUUCGGGCUCGACCAGGUGCCGUGCGCUCCGGAGCAGACCAAGUGCCAGGGGUUCGCGGUCGUCGCGUCCAUGAACAGGUACUCCUUCCGGUUCCCGGACAAGGUGUCGCUCCUCGAGGCGUUCUUCAGGGGCGUCCCCAACGUGUACUCUGAGGACUUCCCGGGCGCGCCGCCGCCGGUGCCGGCGCCCAGGAAGGUCACGUCGGUGAGGAAGGUGAACUUCAACGACGUCGUCGAGGUGGUGCUGCAGAGCCAAGAGUACAGCAGCGCCCUCGGCACCGAGAACCACCCGAUCCACCUGCACGGGUUCAACUUCUUCGUGCUGGCGCAGGGGCUCGGGCGAUUCGACGCUUCCAUGAAGAGCAAGUACAAUCUCGUGAACCCGCAGGUGCGCAACACCAUAGCCGUGCCGGCCGGCGGCUGGGCAGUCAUCCGUUUCACGGCGGACAAUCCAGGUAUGUGGUUCAUGCACUGUCACUUCGACAUGCACCUGCCGUUGGGGCUGGCAAUGGUCUUCGAGGUGCUCGAUGGUCCGGCGCCGAAUCUGCUUCCUCCACCUCCCGCGGGCUUUCCCAAGUGUCACUGAAAUCUGCUAACUCCGCCUAUGCUGGUGGUCCAUAAAACCAAAACUGAGUGUACGAUGUAAUUAAUGCUCGGGUAGUUGUUUCUUCUCGUGUAUGUCUGCCUUAUUUUAUUGUGUUGCUUGCUAAAUGAUUCCUUAUUAUUCAAGUUUCAGUCACUAAAUAAAGCUAUGUUUAAGUGGUACCCCCUCUGUUUUUGAUUUGUGAGACGCAAGCUAGUUACUUCGAAAAAACCAGUUUCAUCGCGUAUGAAUACGUGCGAAGAGGUCGAGUUUUCCAAGUGCAAACGCUUGGAGAUGUUCUUAUGUAUUGACAGAAAGAAAUUUUAGUG